AGCCCCUGCCCUCUCCCAGUGCCCAGUGACCUGACCCCAGAGGAGUGCCAGGAGCUGGAGAACAUCCGCCGCCGAAAGCAGGAGCUGCUGGCUGACAUACAGCGCCUGAAGGAUGAGAUAGCAGAAGUGACGAAUGAGAUCGAGAACCUGGGCUCCACGGAGGAGAGGAAAAACAUGCAGAGGAACAAACAGGUGGCCAUGGGCAGGAAGAAGUUCAACAUGGAUCCCAAGAAGGGCAUCCAGUUCCUGAUUGAGAAUGACCUGCUGAAGAACACGUGCGAGGACAUCGCUCAGUUUCUGUACAAGGGAGAGGGGCUCAACAAGACAGCCAUCGGCGACUACCUGGGCGAGAGGGAUGAGUUCAACAUCCAAGUCCUGCAUGCCUUUGUGGAGCUGCAUGAAUUCACUGACCUCAACCUCGUGCAGGCGCUGCGGCAGUUCCUGUGGAGCUUCCGGCUGCCAGGGGAGGCACAGAAGAUUGACCGGAUGAUGGAGGCCUUUGCCCAGCGCUACUGCCAGUGCAACCCUGGUGUCUUCCAGUCCACAGACACCUGCUACGUGCUGUCCUUUGCCAUCAUCAUGCUGAACACGAGCCUGCACAAUCCCAACGUGAAGGACAAGCCCACGGCAGAGCGAUUCAUCGCCAUGAACCGUGGCAUCAAUGAUGGGGGGGACCUGCCUGAGGAGCUGCUCCAGAAUCUGUAUGAGAGCAUCAAAAACGAGCCCUUCAAAAUCCCUGAGGAUGACGGCAAUGACCUCACCCACACCUUCUUCAACCCCGACCGGGAGGGCUGGCUCCUGAAGCUCGGAGGGGGCAGGGUGAAGACGUGGAAGCGGCGCUGGUUCAUCCUGACUGACAACUGCCUUUACUACUUCGAGUACACAACGGAUAAGGAGCCCCGUGGCAUCAUCCCCCUGGAGAACCUGAGCAUCCGUGAGGUGGAGGACUCCAAGAAGCCUAACUGCUUUGAGCUCUACAUUCCUGACAACAAGGACCAGGUGAUCAAGGCCUGCAAGACAGAGGCAGAUGGGCGUGUGGUGGAGGGGAACCACACCGUGUAUCGCAUCUCUGCCCCCACGCCUGAGGAGAAGGAGGAGUGGAUCAAGUGCAUCAAGGCAGCCAUCAGCAGGGACCCCUUCUAUGAGAUGCUGGCUGCCAGGAAGAAGAAGGUCUCCUCCACCAAGAGGCACUAGCAGCCAGACUGGCCCUGCGAGGCCAGCGUGCCCUGUAGCAGCUCGUGUCCCUCCGUCAUGGGGGCACGUGGGGCGGGGGCCACGCUGCAGGCUGGCCCAGGGCCCAGCUUCAGCUUAGCCAUUUCUUUACUGUGGGGGGAGGGAAGGGGCAUCUCAGUGACUCUGGCCCCCCAUCACUGCCUCAUCGCCGGACAGCGUCUUCACAGGCUCAAGCGGGAACACAGCACCCUGUGCACCCCUGUGAGCCCUGGCCUCAGCACCACGGGACCCUCCCUGCCUCUGAGCCCCAGGAAGCCUGCAGCCAUGUGUCACUGGGUCCCCCAGCACUCGUGUUGAGACGCUUUCGGGCUGUUCUGUCAGGAGAGGAGCAGCUGUUGGUGAGCAGCUGGCGCUUUUGGGGUGCCACAGGUGCUGGGGUGCAGGUGUCAGCCCCAGGGGGGCCCUGCAGAGAUACAGCUCCCGGCCCUCGUUGUAGCGGGCCUGAGUCUGUCCUAGGCGUGUCCACGCUGCUGCCUCGGACCCUCCCAGCCACCCCCUGCACCGGAACGGUCCCCACAGCCACAGGAGGGAUGAAGGGCAGGCACUGUUGACGAGCAGUAUCCUCACCUGGCUGUGGGAGUUGUGGCUUGGAUGUGGCAUUGCCCCAGCACAUCCUUGUGUCAUGUGCCACAUGGUGGGACACACCCAGAGCUGGAGCCUGCCCUCGGGAUGGCUGCUGGUGGGGAUCUGGCUGGGUGGGCACUGUGGCCCCCACCUCUCUGCCUCACAAUCGCCUGUGUCUUGUCCUGUCCCAUCCCCACGCACGGUCUGGAGGCGCCUGGAUCAGUAUUAGUCUAUUUAUCAGAGGUGUAAAUACUCCUGUAUAGUUUUCUCCUUGUAGAUUAUUUUGUAUGUGGGUGGUUCAGUGCAGAGGCCUCACAGGAGUGGGGCGGGGGGGCAGGAUUUUUUAUUCUAAAUUUUUUUUUUUUUUUUUUUUAAUUUGCCAUGGCCUUGUAAACUAGUGCUGAAGAUCAGCAACAAAUAAAUACUUGCACCACGCUUC